AUGGCUCUUUCAUCGGAAGAGAUAUCGUCGGAAAGCGAGGGUUUGCGCAACCGCAAAUUGACCGCCUCCAAAAAGACCAAAUCCAAACGGUGGAAAUGGAACUACCGAAUUCCUCCCGAGCUGACAGAAGCCCACGAAACUACCUUUUUGAACAUGCAAUUGCGAAAGACCAAUCGAGCCUUGACGGGUACCAAGCAUCGCAACACCAACUAUGAAUUCAUGAUCUUGGCCGUUUUCUUGGUCAUUAUCUACUCGGUGGGAACCUCGUCUCAAAUCGAGGAAAAGGAUAACCCCUUUUUUGUCACGCUGACAUUGAAUCAAGUCAUUGUGAUUGGAAUUUGGUUGUUCUUGGCUACCGCCGUCACCUCCAUGUUCAAGGAAUCUAGAUUUAUCCGGCUGCUCUAUUGGAUGCUGGUGUAUCUACCUCUUCUGGCAUUUGUGCUGGUUCUAUUCUUUGACGAUGAACGGGUCCAGAGUGGAAAUCUCAAUGUCUGGAACUAUGGGCAAGUGGUUGGGGUAGCUCUCAUUGUGGCUGAAGUCCUGGCUCUGAUCAUAUUUGUUACAAUCUACUAUGCCUACCCCAAAUGGAUCAAUUCGGAACGGUUCCGGAAACCACGAAAGGCUGCCAAGUUUUGGAGGAUCAAGUUGCUGGGUGAUUGGACCAUGACUUACCGGGAAGUUUUCUUUGGCAAGUCCACAUGCAAAUACCACGGAGAAACCAACGAAAAUGGACUUCCUCAUGGAUUGGGACAAUGGUUUGAUGAUUCCUACGAUGGAGAAGUCUUGACGGGCAAUUGGAGGGAUGGGGUACCCAUUGCUCCCUUUGUUUCUCGUCACUACGGCAGAGGAGAUGUUUUUUCUGCCGUAAGGCUUGCCUUUGUCAUGGCAUCCGAUGAUGACUUUUCCACUUCCAAAUUUUGGCCCACCAACGAAAAACCACCACGAUGUGGAAUUGCUCAAGUCGAGUGCUCGGUGAGCGGAUCGUUUUACAAUGAACUACCGUGUUCCAGUGUCUUGAUGGAUUUGGGAUUCUAUGAUGAAGCGUCGUCGGUACAGGAAUUGGUCAAGAAUCUGGUGCACAUGGGGGAGGGUGCCGAUGUCAAUGUGUUGCAAAUCCAUGCCGGGGAUCCUCGUGGAGUGCAAAUCAAUGGACACGUUCAUGUUACAUCCGGUGAAACCUUUCAUCGGGUCGAUGAUAUCGUGAUAAAGCUCCGACCCGAAAAGCGCAUGUCUGUCAUUACGCAGUUGUCACGCCCUGGUGGUAUGCGUUACAUGCCAAUGUCGUAUCGAUUUCACACGGAGAAGCUCGUCGCACGUGACGAGGAAGAACCAUCAGAGCAUGCGUCUGCCGAAGGUCCACAACUGGCAACACUGGCAUCACUGCCGUCUCUGGAUGAAUCGGAAGAAUUCGACGACGAGGUAGAAGUGAAUCUUGGACUCGAGGCAGGGUCUUUGCCAAAAUUGCAACAACCCAAUCUGGUUCUGAAGGUGGAAGGAUGGAAACCGGCAGAACACAGAGAUGCACUUGUUUACGUUGGCGGAUUCAACUGUCCCCUGAAGGAGGCGCUCCAAAAUUUGGGACAGUUCAUUGCAAUGACCAAACUAGACGCUCAUGUCUCUCCAAUCCUCUUUGCAUGGCCCGUUGGCACUGUGCUGUCCUAUCAUCCAGCCUCCCGAGGAUCUCACAGAGAACAGAACCGCCUGAACUUUCUAAAGCUCAUGAAAGGGUUGAAAAACGCUGGCAUUCGCAAUAUACAUUUCAUGUCGCAUUCCAUGGGUGUUCAGACGCUUUUGGGUUCGUUCUGUGACGAAGCAGACGGUUCUCGAAGCGAUGUAUCAAGAUGCUUUCGGUUGGCCCCUGACUGCAACGAGGAGAAUCUAAUGGGCAAUCAGAGUAAUGACAAUCUGCUCAUCUGCAAGACAAUCACCAUGCUCAACCCCGACUUUCCUUUGAGCCCCUUUGUUCAUCAUGCCUUCCGUUCUGUGCGCCGAAUAUGUCAAACCAUCACAAUGGUGGGUGAUCGAGGCGACGGAGCCCUUUUUUGGAGCGAAUUCGUCAACGGCAUUGGUGUCAGAUAUGGGUACGAGCAACCAGACGCUCUUCUCCCAAACACAUACAACAAGGAACACCUGGCGUACUGCCGUACCAUUGGAAAAUCAGUGGAUGACUUGUACUUCCCUGAAGAAAGUGAGGAGGAGGAGGAGGAGGAAUCGAAACCAAUUUCAUCCAAAACUGCUCCUACUGCCAAACUCUACAGCACCCGUUCCAACACCGCCGACAAACCCUACUUGCUCUUUUCGGAGAGAGCACCGCUCACACUGGUUCGCGAGGAGACCGAAUUGGAUAAGGCAUGGUUGGAUAUGGAUGUGAUUGAUACGACUGGGCUAGACACCAACAUUGCUGAUAUCCGGCACAAUGGAUUUCUGUUCAAUCCAAUCUUGUUGAAUGACUUGGAAGAACUCAUAAAAACAGGCAAUCGGGCGAUGAAGCGAUCAUCCUUGUUGUACCGUGAUGGCAACCUCUUCAGCUAUUGCCAUGCUCCAUCGUUUGUUUCUGCCUAA